CUAGGAAAUCGGAGCCUCUUUUAGGCCAUUUUCCUGUCGAUAUAAGUGAGUCGUCCAUCGUCAAUUGCCAUCAACAUUCCCGUCAGUCGGCACAUCGUCAAUUGACAGAACGAAGAUAAUCUUCUAGUUAAGUAACACACUGAGAAGCCCAAAUUUGAAAGAAAAUGGGAACACCAUAAAAUCUGCUUCACCCAAAUCUUUGUUUCUGUCACUAAUCGUUUAAUAAUUUCUUUUGCCUGGGUAAAAUUAUUUUUGAACAGGAUGGAAUACAAAUGUAGGUUUUGCCCUGCAACCUUUUCGACGCCUGAGGCACUUGCAAGACAUUACAACAACCACGGAUCAGGAAAAAUUCAAGAGACACACAAUACCGCCAUGAAUCUUCUUUCAAAGCGUGUUGCUUUACCGUCUCUGCGAGUACAGAAGCGAAUUGCGGGACCGGAAAAUGAAAGGCAGGUAGGACGAGGACGUGGCUAUGCUGUUUCCAACCUGCAACCUCCUUUUCGUUUUCCUUCUCUGCAUUCCCAUGGAGAAAUACCAGGGGCUUCGAGUGCAUUUACAGUUCUUCCUACAGGACUGGCUUUGCCUCAGCACCAAACUGUUACCCUGCUGUUUCUGGCGCCGAUACAGUACGAUUUCAGCCGCAAGCACAAUAUCUUUUCACUGAUGAUCCGUGGCAGUUUGAACAACAAUUAGAUUGUGAUAUGCAGCAUUUCCCUCCUGUUGGCUCUCCAGAUAAUUUCAAGGCUUUUCCGCAACAUAAUUUGGUGAAUUCUUCCUAUGGUAGUCUUCACAAUUUUCGUGGGCGUGGUCAAGAAAUGGAUCAGGAUUCCCAAUCUACUCUUACCUUUGACGAUCAGCAAGAAGGGGAUCAUUCUCAUUCUCUUAGCUUUGACGAACUUCUCGAGCUGGAUUGGCAAGAAAUUUUGGAAUAUCUGGAUGAUCGUUCCUCCUAAUAAUGAUUCCAUGAGUGAUUCACGACGAUUUCAACAACCAGAUCAGUCUCUACCACCGCCUCCUCCUAAUAUUCUAGGGGACAAUAUUUCACAGCAAUUUCAACAUCAAGGAAUCAAGAUUUGCCAAAUUCUUGUCGCACUCGUCAGAAUGUUUUGAGGGGUGAUUCGCAACAACUUCAGCAACAACAGGUUCAGAAUUUAUUUAUGUUCAUCUUCUAAUCAAUUUCAGCAAUAGCGUGAUCAUCUUUCCCCGCAUCCGCAAUAAAGUUUCAUAAGUGAUUCACAACAAUUUGCUGUAAUUUUAGCCCUUCUGCUCCUUUUGGCCCUCCAAAUGUACUCACCAGUGAUUCGCAGCAAUUUCAACAACAGUAGGAUUUUUAUUUUCCCUUCUUGACAAAUUUCAUAAUCUACAUGUAUUCUUGUUUUUUUUUUUUUUCCUGGCAACAAGGCAUUUGUAAAAGGUUACGCAUAGAGUCAUGGAAAUUAUAUAUGUUUUGGUGUUAAUCAUAAAUAUGUAUAGUUAUGUUA